AUGGACAACGUCGAAAUGAAUGCGGAUGAGUCAUCACUUGUGCCCAAAGUCCGAGCACGCUUGCCAACACUUCCGGUGAAGCUGCUAAAACGGAGGAAGCAAGUCAAUAAAGAUGUCAUUAAACAACAGCGAAAACGUUCCACGGACAUUCGCAAACGCGCUCAAACGCAGAAACAGUUGUUUCAUCGGCCGGCAUAUUUUAUUUCCAAAGCACGCAAGUCAGCUAGAGAUGAAUCCAGACUUGUCCGAUCCACGAAGAAAAAACCGCCCGUCGAUGUGCCCAAUCGGGAACGGUUAGGCAUAGUCAUACGCAUAUUCGGCGACACGGGCCUCGCUCCGGAGUCCUCUCAGAUACUCAGUUUACUGAGGUUAUCUUCAAAAAACCACGCAGUCUUCGUGAAAAUAUCUCAGGCCAUGUUAGAGUUGCUUGCCACUGUGCAGCCAUACAUAAUCUGGGGUUACGCAGACUUGGCCACAACCAGAAACCUCAUCUUCAAGCGCGGAAAAGCCAAAAUCGGUGGCAAAGUAAAGUCACUUACUAAUCCACUCGUCGAAGAGAAGUUGGGUCAGUUCGGAUUGAUAUGUAUCGAGGAUAUUAUACAUGAACUAACUUCACUCGGGCCCCACCUCCGCGAUGUCCUUGGCUUUCUAGCUCCGUUCAAAGUAAGGCCGCCUACAGGUGAUUGGAUAAGUGUCGUAAAAAAGACGCACCAUUCCUCCAACCAGCGUUCUGGAAAUCGGAGCGAGUUUAUAAGCCAACUAGUCAACAAGAUGGUUUGA